CAUCUGAUACGAAGAUAAGAUGUGAUAAACAGUUGGGCAUAAAUAAAUUUUGAUUAACCUAUAAUCAUGGACAAAAACGCUGCCAUAAAUGAGUGUACCAGAAAGAUUUAUAAAAAUGAACUAAAUUAUAAAUUUGUGAUUAUUGGUGAUUAUGGAGUUGGAAAAACAUCAAUAAUAAAUCGAUAUGUCGAAGGUGAAAUUUCGGAAAGAUACCACAUAACAAUAGGUUCCGACUUCAAGGUAAAAACAUUGGAGUUAUCAGAAGACACACAAGUGUGCCUGCAAAUUUGGGAUAUAGCAGGUCACGAGAAGUUUAAUUCGUUAACAGGUGUUUUCUAUAGGCAUGCCCGUGCAGCUGCAAUUGUGUUCGACUUGACAAGACCUGAGACAUUUCAAUCAGUUGAUAAGUGGCUUAGUGACCUACGCAGAAAAACCCAAUUACCAGGAGGUUGCAAUAUCCCAGUUGUUUUAUUAGCAAAUAAAGGUGAUAUACGAUUUGACACCAUACCUCCAGAGAUAUGCGAGUAUUGCAAACGAAAUGAUAUUCUGGCCUGGUUCAUAACCUCAGCAAAAACUAAUCAAAAUUUAGAUGAGGCAAUAUCAGUAUUAAUAAACGCAGUUUAUAACCACAUUCAAUUAGAAUAUACUCAAGUUGAUGAUAAUGAUGCUGUGCAAUUAAACCACAUUGAUGAUUCAACAAGAAAGAAAAUAUCUUGGAAAUGUUUCAACAUAUAA